UUGUUGUUCCGGGCUGCUAUUUGAGGCGCACAGUUGAUGUCGACCGUCGGACGUUUGAGUCUAGAAUUUUCUAGUUAACUAGCAGUUUGUGAACGCGCUGUCUGAAAGAAAACAACAGUCCGGUUCAUAUUGGUCCAGUUAUGGGAAGAAGCAGGAGCCGAACACCACCACGAAGAGAUGGAGCAGCGCUUACUACACAGAGCCGCAGUUCAGAGAGACGGCGCUCACGCUCGUCCUCGCGAGAUCGUGAGAGGAGGCGCAGGGAGCGCGAGAGAUCCCGGGACAGAGAUAGACGAAGGUCACACUCACGUUCCCCCCACAGACGCAGAUCCAGGUCUCCACGGCGACACCGUUCCUCCUCUUUGUCUCCACUGCGACAGAAGGACAGACGGGACGAUGACCGGAAGGAAGUUAAGGACAAACCAGCAAAGGUCCAUCAGAUAUCAGCUGAAGACAUGCAAGGAAAGACUGAGGAGGAAAUAGAGAUGAUGAAACUGAUGGGCUUUGGAGCCUUUGACAGCACAAAGGGCAAGAAGAAGGAGGGAUCUGAUGCUGCGUUUGCAUUUAACGUGUCACAAAAGAGAAAAUACAGGCAAUACAUGAACAGGAAAGGUGGUUUCAACAGACCUUUGGAUUUCAUUGCCUGAUGGAGUCGUCAGUAACCAUGUUUUAACGACUUUGAUGUCUUUGUGAUUAAACCUAUGUUCUCUUCCCCAAGUUUAUGUAAAUGUGUUUCAGCAGGUUUUCCAUUCUUUUUGUUUUUCAGUUAAUGGCUGUAAUGUAAGUGUCAAUUUAGUUUGUAGGAGCAAAUAUUAAAAUGAUUUGAUGUUGCA